CUUGCAGGUUGAGAGUGGCUGAGAGUAGCUGUUCCCCUACCCAUUUCGAAAGGGAAGGUUCUUUCUACCUUCUUUCACGCCUUUCUUGCUGUUGCAGAUUUAAAAAUAGAAAAUUUUAAAUUUUCUAAUUAGCACACCCUUCUAGAUGUUUAAGAUAUGUUGUUCAAAUUAGACAAGGUCAAACUUCAAAGAACCAAAUACAAUGUGACCUGUAUGUUUGUUCUAUAAGCAAAGUCUUUUUAUUAACUGUGUAUUCAUUCACAUUCUUAGGAACUUGAGCUAUUUCAAAUCUUGAAAGCUAUAUAUAACAAGUUCUCUUUUUUUUCUUUUCGUAUCAUUGAACAUAGAAAGCCAAGAUUAUUUGGGUGUUGAAUCUGUUUCUAGAAACCAAAGAAGACAGAGAAGAAGAACAGAGCAGAUCUGUUUCUGGGUUUUGAGUUUUCUGGCUCUUUCUCUCUCUGUUUUUUUUUUCUUCUGGUUUUGAGUUUUCCAGCUCCAGAAUUGGGAGUUUCAGCAAUUCUAAGUGAUUGGUUUUGAGGGGUUCCUGUGUAUUUUAGUGGGUUGAGCUAAGAACCAAAAAAACAGCAAAACCCAGUUCAGAUUUUUGAGUUGACUACAAUUUUUCUCGUGGGUUUGAGUAGGUCUUGUAGUAUUGGGUGGUGGAUCAAUGGAGACUGCAGAUCUUUACUCAAUUAGUAGUUUUCGGAAUAGUCGCCGUUCUGGCGGUAGUUUUCGUGGGGGAAGUUUUCGCGGCAGUCUAAGAGCUGAAAGUUCUUCAAUAUGGAGGAACAACGGAGCUGAUGUGUUUUCAAGAUCUUCUGUGUCUCGAGGCGAUGGUCUCGAUGACGAAGAUGCUCUGAAAUGGGCUGCUAUAGAGAGAUUACCCACUUACAAUCGUAUAAGGAAAGGUAUAUUUGCUGUUGCAGAGGGCGAGACAAGGGAAAUUGAUAUUGACAGUCUCGGGCUCACUGAGAGGAAGAUUUUACUAGACAGACUACUUGCAGUUGCAGACGAGGAUAAUGAGAAGUUUUUGUUGAAGCUAAAGGACCGCCUUGAUACAGUUGGAAUUCAAAUUCCCACGAUCGAAGUCCGCUUUGAGCAAUUAAAUGUAAAUGCAGAAGCUUAUGUGGGAAGCAGAGCCUUACCCACAAUGAUUAACUUCACAGCUAACGUAAUAGAGGCAAUCUUGAGUAGUAUUGGAAUUCUUCGAAGUAAAAAGAGGCCAUUAGCAAUCCUUCAUGAUGUCAGUGGAAUAGUCAAGCCUGGCAGAUUGACAUUGCUUUUAGGCCCUCCAAGCUCUGGAAAGACCACUUUGCUGUUGGCUUUGGCAGGAAAACUUGACAAAGAACUAGAAGUCUCUGGGAGAAUAACUUACAAUGGCCAUGAAAUGAAAGAGUUUGUUCCACAAAGAACAGCUGCAUAUAUCAGUCAACGAGAUCUCCACAUAGGGGAGAUGACUGUGAGAGAAACCUUAGCAUUUUCUGCUAGAUGUCAAGGGGUGGGAACUCGUUAUGAUAUGUUGACAGAGCUGGCAAGAAGAGAAAAGGAGGCAAAAAUUAAGCCAGAUCCCGAUAUCGAUCUUUUCCUCAAGGCAGCAUCAAUAGAAGGACAGGAGGUCAGUGUGGUGACUGAUUAUACUCUAAAGACUUUAGGACUUGAAAUUUGCGCCGAUACCAUGGUUGGAGAUCAAAUGCUGAGAGGUAUAUCUGGAGGACAAAGAAAGCGGGUCACAACAGGGGAGAUGCUGGUUGGACCAGCCAGGGCAUUAUUCAUGGAUGAGAUAUCAACUGGUUUGGACAGUUCAACGACUUUCCAGAUUGUGAAUUCACUUAGGCAGUACAUCCACAUUCUAAAUGGGACUUCUAUCAUCUCUCUCCUCCAGCCAGCACCAGAGACUUUUGAGCUCUUUGAUGACAUUAUUCUCAUAUCUGAUGGGCAGAUUGUGUAUCAGGGGCCCCGUGAACAUGUGCUUGAGUUUUUUGAAUCUCUGGGUUUCAAAUGUCCUGAAAGGAAGGGAGUAGCUGAUUUCUUGCAGGAGGUGACAUCAAGGAAAGAUCAGCAACAGUACUGGACACAAAAAGAUGAACCCUACAGAUUUGUCACCGUCGAUGAAUUUGUCCAGGCAUUCCGCUCAUUCCACGUUGGUCGGAGGCUUGGAGAUGAACUUGCCAUCCCAUAUGAUAAGAAAUUGAGUCACCCUGCUGCCUUAAGUACUGACAAGUAUGGUGUUAGCAAAAAAGAGCUAUUGAAAGCCUGUGUAGCAAGAGAACUAUUGUUGAUGAAAAGAAACUCAUUUGUUUAUGUUUUCAAGAUGGUGCAGGUUGGUAAUGGAUCUUAUAAACAAUUUCCUCUGAAAAUUUUCAAGUCAUAUCUGUUAAUGAAUCUCUUUUUUUUUCUAUUUCAGCUUACCGUUGUGGCGUUCAUAACGAUGACUGUUUUCCUGCGUACUGAAAUGCACAAAGAUUCAAUAAUUCAUGGUGGGAUUUAUGUGGGUGCAUUGUUCUUUGCUCUCACAAAUAUUAUGUUUAAUGGACUGUCUGAGCUUGCCAUGACUGUCAUGAAGCUUCCUGUAUUCUACAAGCAACGGGACCUCCUAUUCUAUCCUUCAUGGGCAUAUUCACUGCCUGCAUGGGUCCUAAAGAUCCCAAUCUCACUAGCUGAAGUUGCUAUUUGGGUGUUCACAACUUACUACGUCAUAGGCUAUGACCCAAAUGUUGGAAGGCUUUUCAAACAGUACCUUCUACUUGUAUGUGUUAACCAAAUGGCAUCUGGCUUGUUCCGAUUAAUUGCUUCAUUGGGGAGGACCAUGGUUGUCUCGAUGACAUUUGGGUCCUUCGCAUUACUUGUACUCAUGGUUCUAAGUGGAUUUAUCUUGUCGCGAGACAGUAUAAAAAAGUGGUGGAUAUGGGGCUAUUGGAUCUCUCCCAUGAUGUAUGGGCAAAAUGCAUUAGUAGUGAAUGAGUUCUUGGGGAAAAGCUGGGCAAAGCCUUUUUCUCUUGAUGUGACUCUAGGAGUGGCAGUAAUGGAAUCUCGUGCAGUUUUCCCUCAUUCAUACUGGUUUUGGAUCGGAGUUGGGGCAUUGAUUGGUUUUGUUUUCCUGCUCAAUGGUUUAUUCACAGUUGCGCUUGAUUAUCUCAAUCCACUUGGGAAACCUCAGGCAAUUAUAUCUGAGGAUAGCUUGAAUGAUGAAGAUGCCAGCAAAAAUGGGGAAAUGGUUGAGCUAUCAUCCAAGGCAAAGGGCCAUGCAGGAUCAUCUGAAUCUUCAUCUUCUAAGGCAGUUGCAGAUGAGGGCAGUCAGAACAGGAAGCGGGGAAUGGUUCUUCCGUUUGAGCCACAUGCUCUCACCUUUGAUGAAGUCAAAUACUCCGUAGAUAUGCCACCGGAAAUGAAAGCACGAGGUGUUACAGAGGACCGGCUGUUGCUUCUUAGGGGAGUGAGUGGAGCUUUUAGGCCGGGAGUUCUUACAGCUCUAAUGGGUGUUAGUGGUGCUGGUAAGACCACUUUAAUGGAUGUGUUGGCUGGAAGGAAAACUGGAGGAUACAUUGAGGGAAGCAUCAAGUUAUCUGGUUACCCAAAGAAACAAGAAACGUUUGCUCGUAUAUCAGGAUAUUGUGAGCAGAACGAUAUCCACUCUCCUCAUGUUACGGUCUACGAAUCCUUGCUUUAUUCUGCUUGGCUGCGGUUGGCUCCUGGUAUUGAUUCUUCCACUAGAAAGAUGUUCAUUGAAGAGGUCAUGGAUCUAGUAGAGCUGGACUCAUUGAGGGAAGCACUGGUUGGGCUUCCAGGUGUAAAUGGUCUCUCAACAGAGCAGCGCAAGAGGCUAACCAUUGCAGUUGAACUUGUUGCCAACCCUUCAAUUAUAUUCAUGGAUGAGCCAACCUCUGGUCUGGAUGCAAGGGCUGCAGCAAUAGUGAUGAGAACAGUGAGAAACAUUGUGGACACAGGACGAACUGUGGUGUGCACCAUCCACCAGCCCAGCAUUGACAUAUUUGAUGCUUUCGACGAGCUAUUCUUGAUGAAGCAAGGAGGAGAAGAAAUAUAUGUGGGCCCCUUAGGGAAACACGGUUGCCAUUUGAUCGAGUACUUUGAGGCCGUUAAAGGAGUCAGUAAGAUAAAGGGUGGUUAUAAUCCAGCAACAUGGAUGUUGGAGGUGACAACAACAUCCCAAGAAGCAGCUUUGGGAGUGAGCUUCCCGGAGAUAUAUAAGAACUCAGAACUGUACAGGAGGAACAAAACAAUGAUUGAGGAACUGGGUAAACCUGCCCCUGGUUCCAAAGAUCUCUAUUUCCCUGCCCAGUACUCUAAAUCUUUCGUCAUCCAAUGCAUGGCUUGUCUAUGGAAACAACAUUGGUCAUACUGGCGGAACCCACCUUACACUCUUGUGAGGCUCUUCUUCACAACUUUCAUAGCUCUAAUGCUCGGGUCGAUGUUUUGGGGUCUUGGAUCUAAAACCUCGAAUUCUCAGGAUCUCUUUAAUGCAAUGGGUUCUAUGUAUGGUGCUGUUCUGUUUCUUGGGGUACAAAAUGCUGGAUCAGUGCAGCCUGUUGUUGAUAUCGAACGCACGGUAUUUUAUCGAGAGAGGGCUGCCGGAAUGUAUUCAGCUAUGGCUUAUGCCUUUGCCCAAGUUGCGAUUGAGAUUCCACAUAUCUUCAUCCAGGCCGUAAUAUAUGGAGUUAUAGUGUAUUCAAUGAUUGGAUUCCAAUGGACAGUUGCAAAAUUCUUCUGGUAUCUGUUCUUCAUGUAUUUCACAUUGUUAUACUUCACUUUCUAUGGUAUGAUGGCAGUGGGUGUUACACCCAACCAACACAUCGCUUCUAUAGUUUCUUCUGCAUUCUAUGCAAUAUGGAACCUUUUCUCCGGAUUCAUAAUUCCAAGACCAAGUAUUCCUAUCUGGUGGAGGUGGUACUACUGGGCCUGCCCUGUUGCUUGGACAUUGUACGGAUUGGUCGUUUCACAAUUUGGAGAUAUAACGGAACUGAUUUCCACAGGAGAGAAGCAUGAGACAGUUCAACAAUUUCUCUUGGACUAUUUUGGAUUCAAGCAUAGUUUCUUAGGAGUGGUGGCAAGCAUGAUGGUUGUGUUCACUGUGCUUUUCGCAUUCAUCUUUGCUUUUUCGAUAAAGGUAUUUAACUUCCAGAGAAGAUAAGAAGAUUCUGCAAUAUGGAGAGGCUAAAAAUCAAGUGAAUGGAUUUUCUUCUGAAGCCAACCAUGUAUAGAACAUGUCAAUGUUUUGAAGUUUAGCUUUGUUGGAACAAGUUGAGAAUUUUUAUGGUUUCAAAAUUUGGUUGUUAUUUCUUUGUAUUUGUAUGUAAAGGGACAAAAGUUUCCUUCUGUUUUGAAUUGUGUAGGAUAUUAUACUUGCAGCUAAAAAAUUGAUAAUUGUAUUUUUUUUUUUCCCCUAAAAGGAGGAACUUCCAUCAUUUUAAAUCUGUUGGAGUUACAAGGGUGAGCAGAUGUUAUUUCUUCUGAUAAUGUACAAUAAAAUCUGUAGUUGGCCA